CUAUCCCAGGCAAUAGAUGAAGUAUCGCCUCGACACAGAGCAAGCACAGGGCGAGAUUCUGUCGUGGCAUAGGCAAGCUGCGACGUGCGGGCACAUGCUUUGCUCUUCCAUGUCAAUGUCUGGUCCUUGAUCAUCUCUGUAUAGGACCUGACGCACAAUGGUGAACUCAAACCACGUGGUCCGAUGAUUCAUUUCGGAUCCGAACUUUGAGCCAGUACCGCGUAUCGACGAUCGAGAGUAUCUGAUCCAUGUUGGCAUUGACACUUCUUGGACAUCAUCGCAGAAGCAUAGAUGUUGCGCCAGUCAUUUGACGAUUUUCUAGACUUUGGAGGUCCCUCCAGAUCUCGUGGAAGAGGAAGAGGUCGGGGAAGAGGUGGAGGUGGAGCCGGGCCAGGAAGUUUCCGAGGCCGUGGUCAGACUGUUGGGAAUCGAGGCGGUCGAGGUGGGCUUGGGCUAGCACCGCCUGGAGCAGGUACAGGUGGACGAUCUUUCAAAUCAGACUAUUCAGACGUUCAUUUUGAUUACACGACUAUCAACAAACAAGGAUACACCAAAUUAGACGCAUACACCGUCGCUCCGUUUGGGAAUACUUCGACGGAUCCCAGUCACACCCCAAGGAAUAGAUACAAGGGGAAAAACAAAGCCUUUGACUCAAACUUGAAUGAUGACAAAAAUACCCCGUCUGGCUCUACAACUCCAGUCACUGGGCUAGGGUAUCACGGCAGAGGUCAUACGUUUCCCUCCAGUCGUGGAUUCGCGCCUGAUCGAGCUGGUAUCGGAGGUGGCGGCAGACGAGAGAAGCAUCGCUCAGGGGAUACCGUCGGGAAAAUUGGAGUCAGCUGGGGUGGUGGCUCAGCUCCAAUCUUCGUCAAAGCAGGUGAAUUGUUUAAAGAUGGUGAAGUGGAUGUCGUUACGGUGGAGCAGGAUCUUCAAAUCGACGUCAUGCCUAUGAGCGAUCCCUCAGCUACGCAGCUGACUGUAUUACAAGACGAGAUCGAGUUCGAGGUCACUCAAGGUCGGCGCACUUUCGGUCGGAUACAGGCAAAAACGCCGAUACAGUCAGAUCGCUCAACCCCAGAGCAGGCUCAUUCUGAACCUCCUGUACCAGAUAUACAGUUCGUACGAGCUGCGCCAUCUGUCGAUGUUCCUGCAGUCCCAGUCGAUCCGCCUCUGUCGAAACUUGCCGAUAGCCAAGUCAAUCGACAUCUGUUCAGCGUGAACUCUGGCGAUUCUGCGACCGAAGUAGUCGACUUUGCAUCUUUCUUCAUUGACACAGAGCCAUCUGCUAUAUCCGAGAAGCCUUUAUACCAGCCUACCCCUCUCCCAGCGCUGAGGAGAAAGCCAACCGAACCAGCGGAAGAAGAGAACAUUGUCUUUGUACCAAAGAGCCAUUCAAAACCUGAGCCUGUCUUGGUCGAGGAGAGUGUCUUUCCUUCCCAGGCAGCUGCUGCCGGGCAACACGUGUCGCGUGCUCUCGUCAACCCACAUGCGCUGUCCCGACGAGAAAAGAAGGCUCAGAAGAAGGACAAACGAGGUCGUGUCAAAGGCAAGGGAAAGAAGAAGAAUAAACAGGUCACGAUUCAAGAAGGAUCCGACAUUGAUUGGGGAAGCGAUGGGCCGCCCGUCGAUGUCGUGAGCGUUGAUGGGGAUGUUGAGGGAAAAGGCGAAGAGGAUAUGGAGCUCUUGCGUGAUUAUCUUGCCGGGACAUUGUUGAACGCCCAAGACUCCAGCGAAGAAGAAGAUGGGUAUAGCGGGCAAGAAGCCGAAGAACCUGGAGAUGCUGGAGAUGGAGCAGCCGAUACAGGAGAUGGUGAUAUCGAAGAUCUGUCCUCCGGAGAGGAGGACAACCCGUCCCUGGAAGAUGGAAAUUCUUGGGCGGUUGGAUUCGAGACGGAAAGCGAGUCAUCAGACUCCUCUUCGGAGCUGGCUGGACCCAGUAGAGUUCCUCAGAACAAUCCCUACGAUGAGGGGUCUGAGGAUGAGGAUGAAGAUGACAUUGAUGCGAUGUUCAACGGCAGAGAUUCAUGGAACGAGGCGGAUUGGUUCAUACAGAAUAUGGAAGCUGCUUUGGACGGCAGAACUCUAGCCAAGGGCAAGGCGGCGAGAUCUAUCUUCAACUCCGUCGAGAAUGGAGACUUUGGUGACGAGUGGGACCUCAAUCCCGUCCGCAAAGGCAAGAAGAAUCAAAGGAGUCUCAUUCCUCCUGAACUUCAGGGCCAGUGGGAGAGCGAUCGUCAGCGAAAAGCUGAGAAGAAGCGUCAACGCGAGCUUGAAAGACUGGUUGCUCAAAUCGAGCCAACGGCUUUGCGUAAAGGCAAGGGCAAGCUCAAGGGUAACACCAAAGCAGAGCGUGCCAACCUGUCUCGACUCUCGGCCUCAGAAGUCGCCGACAUGUUUGAUCAUCCCGUUCGAGAUGGAAGUGAUCCAGUUGGGAGAAUGAUGAGCUCUCUGCUGUCAGGCGGGUCCUUGGAAGUCGUCAAUCAGGGCAUUCUCCGACUUCUAUCGAGUCCCGGUCGCUCGACGUAUAGUACUGCUCCAAUGAGCAAGGAGGGGCGCAUCAAGGUCCACAUGCUGGCUGAGUGUUACGGCUUGAAGAGCAAGUCGAAGGGCAAGGGUCAUGAACGGUUUACGAUCCUCGUCAAGACAGACCGAUCCGGCUUCUACAAAGCCCUUUACUCGAAAUACAGUGGCGGAGCCAAGAAACGAGGACCAGGAGAUCGCGGUACUUCAGCUCGCAUGCGAGACGGAGAGACUGUAGGGGAAGGAGCCGAUAGGAUCGGUAUGGAGAAUGUCGGCCACAAAUUGUUGAGUCGGAUGGGAUGGGCCGAAGGUGAUAGGAUAGGGAGGACAGAAGGUGGAUUGGAUAAUCCAAUCAUGGCCAUUGUCAAGAAUACCAAGAGUGGUCUUGGAGCAUAAGUGGCUCCUAUCGAGAGAUAAUAUCGGUGAUUGCACGUUGAGUAGUCUCUUGAAGCCUAGAAUAGCAUGACAUCGACGAUGAUGGCAACCCUGUCUAAUCCCCAUUGGUACAUGAAACACAUGGGCAUAUCCACCGGGAUUCCUCCGGUAGAUUCGGGUCGGGCACACCAGACCCUCAAAGGUCUAGGCACACGACGUACAGGUCGAAAGGGUGCUG